AUGGUGUAUUGCAUUUGCGUAAUUUCACUGUUAUUGGUCUUUUUGGGAUUCCUCACAGCGGAGAAUGACACUACUUGUGAGAUGUUUGGGAGCCCAGAUAUCCCUCUCUUGACCAAGGAUGGAGACAUCACUAUUGGUGGGGCUUUUUCCAUCUAUAGUCAAAUCUCAAUACCCACACUCUCCAAAUAUGAAACACCACAGCCUUUCAGAUGCUCCAGGAUAAAUCUAAGAGAAUUUCGUUUUGUGCAAACAAUGAUAUUUGCCAUUGAAGAAAUUAACAACAGCAGUAUAGUACUGCCUAAUGUCUCAAUUGGGUAUAAGGUAUUUGAUAGUUGUGGUUCAACACUACCUUCAACACAAGCAGUAAUGGGUCUUAUGAAUGGAAAGGACAAGACUUGGGGUGAAAACUGUUCUUCUGUUCAUGUCAUCAUUGGGGCCUCUGAAUCCUCCUCAACAAUAGCAAUGCAACAGAUUUCAGGGGUUUUCCAAAUACCCACGAUCAGCCACUUUGCAACAUGUGCUUGUCUUAGUAACAAAAAGGAGUAUCCCUAUUUCUUCAGAACCAUUCCCAGUGACUACUACCAGAGCAGAGCACUGGCCAAACUGGUAAAGCACUUUGGAUGGACAUGGGUUGGGGCAGUAAGAAGUGAUAACGAUUAUGGUAAUAAUGGGAUGACAACUUUUGUUGAAGCUGCAAGCCAGGACGGGAUUUGUGUUGAAUACUCCGAGACCAUCUCAAGAACUGGUUCCAGAGAACACAUUGAAAAAGCAGUUGGAGUAAUUCGAAGAGGUACAGCGAGUGUUUUAGUUGCAUUCCUGGCUCAAGGUGAAAUGGAGGUUCUGCUCGAGGAACUUCUGAGGCAAAAUGUAACUGGGUUGCAGUGGGUUGGGAGUGAAUCUUGGAUCACAGCAAAUUACUUGGCUAAGAAGAGGUACUCUGGUAUUUUAACUGGUUCACUGGGCUUUGCAAUAAGAAAGGCAACAAUCACAGGCUUGCAAGAAUUUCUCUUGAAGGUGAACCCAAGUCAAGACCCUCAGAGCAACCUGCUGAAGGAGUUCUGGGAAACAACAUUUGACUGCAGUUUCCAGUCCAGUAUACCUGGCACAAAAUUAUGUUCUGGCUCUGAGAGGCUUCAAAAUGCAAAUAAUACUUUUAUAGAUGUGUCACAGCUGAGGAUAUCCAACAAUGUGUAUAAGGCUGUGUAUGCUAUUGCUCAUGCCUUGGAUAACAUUUUAAAAUGUGGAUCAGGUGGUGACUCAAUGUCUCACUCAUGCAUCUUUAAAUACCAUUUAGAACCAAGACAGAUUGCAAAACAACUCCAGAAUGUUAAUUUUACACUUCAGUCAGGGGAGCAAGUGUAUUUUGAUCAAAAUGGGGACCCUGCAGCAACCUAUGAACUUGUGAAUUGGCAAAGAAACCAUGCAGGAGAUAUUGUGUUCAUCACUGUUGGGAAUUAUGAUGCUUCACAACCACAUUGGAACCAGUUUAAUAUAAACAAUGUAAACAUUACAUGGGCCGCAGAACCCUGGGAGAGGCCAAUAUCUGUUUGCAGUGAGAAUUGUCUGCCAGGUUUCAGACAGGCAAUAAUCAAAGGCAAACCUAUCUGCUGCUUCUCCUGCGUGCCCUGUGCUGGUGGAGAGAUCAGCAACACCAACAAUUCUGCAAAGUGUUCACAGUGUCCGCCAGAGUUCUGGUCAAAUAAAAAUCACAGCAACUGUGUUCCAAAGGUGAUUGAGUUCCUGUCAUAUGGAGAGACUAUGGGGGCCCUCCUUACUGCCUUCUCAUUGUCUGGAGCAAGUUUAACCCUUGUGGUCUUGUGUGUGUUUCUCCGCUUUCGUCACACACCACUUGUCAAAGCCAGUAAUUCUGAGCUGAGUUUCCUGCUACUCUUCUCCUUGACUUUGUGUUUCCUUUGCUCUCUGGCUUUCAUCGGCCAACCCACUGAGUGGUCCUGCAUGCUUCGUCAUACAGCUUUUGGAAUAGCAUUUGCUCUGUGCAUCUCAUGUAUUCUUGCAAAAACUAUAACUGUAGUGAUGGCCUUUAAAGCUAAAAGACCAGCAAACACAGUCAUUCAGUGUUCAGCUCCACUUCAGAGAACAAGUGUUCUUGGCUGUACUUUAAUUCAAGUGUUGAUUUGUGUGAUAUGGUUAGCUUUUGCCCCACCAUAUCCUCACAAGAGUACAAUUUACGCUAAUGAAAGGAUUAUUCUAGAGUGUUUCUUAGGUUCACCUAUAGCGUUUUGGGUUGUGAUGACAUACAUAGGAUUUUUGGCUCUGCUGUGCUUUAUCUUUGCUUUUUUAGCUCGGAAGUUACCAGAUAAUUUUAAUGAAGCUAAAUUCAUUACCUUUAGCAUGCUGAUAUUUAGUGCUGUAUGGCUCACAUUUAUCCCAGCAUAUGUCAGCUCUCCUGGUAAGUUUACUGUAGCUGUAGAGAUAUUUGCAAUUCUAGCUUCAAGCUUUGGGUUGCUUUUUUGUAUUUUUGCACCAAAAUGUUAUAUUUUACUAAUGAAACCUGAGAGGAAUACUAAAAAAGGUUUGAUGGGCAGAAUUCAAUCAAAAACACAAUAA